ACUGAUACACUUGCAUUAUGAUGCACUUUUAUCAAAUAACCAUCUCACAAAAAACAAACUGACAAACCUCAGGCACAUGAGUAACAGUGAUAACCCACUGUAAAAUUAUUCAGCUGGAGCAACAAACACACAAAUCAGUAGCUGAUGUUGUGCUCUGCUUCUGUUCCUCCCAUAGCACUGUGUGCAGUUACAUGUUGGUUAAGCAGCCUAAGUUAUGAAAACAAAGUCACAUGUUCUGCAUCUGCCCUAACUGCAGCCCGUGGGUGAAGUUAUUCCAACUUGUUUUCUAUUUUGAAACUUGUGACGUUUGAACCUAGUAAGUUGUGCAAUACCAUAGCAAACUGACAGGCUACCCACUUUACCCCUGUGUGAAGUGGAGAUAACACAUCCGUUGACAUGUUGAUGACACUGGAUGGUGUGUCCUAAUGCACCAGCUGCACUCUGAGAUAUGAUUGAAGGGACUGCAACACUAGAGAUGAAGUUUUGAUUUCCCAUUAAAAUCACGGUCGAUGGAAACCUCGGAGAAGAUGUUUAACUGGGACGAGGAGUGGAACAUCUCUUUCGCAGGCUGUGGAUUCAGGAGUAUUUACUACCUGGGGGCUCUGAGCUGUAUCCUCGAGCGGGCGCCGCAGCUGCUCUGUGGUGCUUCUAAAAUCGGCGGAGCUUCUUCUGGUUGUCUGGUCGCCGCAGCUCUGACUGUUGGGAUUCCCAUUGAGCAGAUGUGUGCUGAUGUGUUGACCAUGGCCAAAGAGGCCAGAAAACACACACUGGGAGUUUUCCACCCCACCUUCAGUCUGCUGCGGACGGUGCAGGCAUCCCUGCUGGAGAAACUUCCAGAGGACGCCCACCUCCGGGCCUCUGGAAAGCUCUGUGUGUCCCUCACCAGACUGGCUGAUGGGAAGAACGUUUUGGUGUCAGAGUUUGACAGCAGAGAGGAGCUCAUUCAGGUUCUUAUGUGCAGCUGCUUUUUCCCUGUUUACUGUGGUUUCGUGCCACCUUCAUACCGAGGAGUGCACUACAUGGACGGAGCGCUGAGCAACAACAUGCCGCUGUUCGAGCAGAGAAACACCAUCACCAUGGCGCCGUUCUCAGGUGAGAGCGACAUCUGCCCCACAGAGGGCACAUUCAACUUCUUCGAGGUGCACUACGGCAACGUCAGCAUCCAGGUCAACACGGGGAAUGUGCACCGUGUCUGUACAUCCUUCUUACCUCCUGGACUUGAGAAACUGGCUGAGAUCUGUCACCACGGCUACAUGGACGCUCUUCGUUUCCUGAGAGAAAGAGAUCUGCUUGGGACACAGUGUCUUCCCUGCAGUUUGGUGGCAGAGAUGGACGCACUCAAACCGGCUUGUUGUGAGCUGGUGAAGGAAGCGGAGUCCAAGAAGACACCGGUGGAUGGACCGAAUCCUACACAACAAGAGCUCUGCCGGCUGGACCACAAAGUCAUAGAGAACCUCCCAGUUAACAUCAAAAAAAUCCUGUGUGAGGCCUGCAGGGAGAGUCAUGAUGGUGUCAGGUGGUGGUCUCAGCUUACUCAGGUCCUUCCUGUCAAAGUGUUUUUGUAUCUGCUGACUCUCCUCAUGCUGCCCAUCGAGCUGAUCUCCGUACUCACCAAAAGUGUGAUACAGUCGGGCUGUACCGUCUUCUACACACUGUUGACGUCAGCCACAGACUUCUGCAGGGGAGGCGAGGAAAACAACAGUGCGUCUCUGGAGCAGCACUGCAGCAGCAGGUCCUCCCGCUCCAAUCUCAGGAUCCAGACAGGAGGAGACAAACGCAUGAAACCUUUGACCUCAACAGUCACCCCGGUUUCCAACAAAAAUCUCCACAGGGACGACAGCGGUAACCUGGGCCUUCUCUCCCUCACCUCCACCUGUGCAGUUCUGCCUAACAUCCAAAUAUCAAAUUUGCCUAAAUGUGGCAAAGUGACUUUAAACCACAGAAGUAAACGGACACAUUAUCAACCAUAAACUGAAAAAAGACUGGCUAAAAUAGAUGUUUAUUUAUGGUCUCUUAACAUAUCUGUACUUUGGUGUAGAAGAAGAAAUGCUUUGUCUGACUCAUGUGGACCAUGUGGAUUCAACAAGGCAGUUUGGACACGAACUGAGAUGGUGACCAAAAGAUUAACUGUUACGCACAAUAACUUAGGUUAAAUUUGGUUAAGAUUAUACUUACUGAUCAUACUAUAGAAUAUAAUUUGGACUGAUUUAGUUUCCAUAACAAAACAAUAAUUAGGAUCAACCACACAAUGUAUAAUUUAUGAAUGAAGUUUGGAAAAGCAGUAAAUAAUUUACAUUUAUUUGACUCAUCUGACUAUUAAAAUGACUAAUUCAUCUAAUUAAUCAAUAACUGUAAUCGUGUGAUGAGGCUGAUUCCAGAGCUCCUGAUUAAUGAAGGCAAAACCAUCUAUGACGAUGAUAAAUCUGUCACAGCUAGAGUAAACCUCAGUGUUACAUUGUCUCUCAGACACACAGUAUCCAGUACCAGUCAGUACGAUCUUCCACACUCAACUACAGAUCACUACAGAUCUACAAACGUCUACUACAGACAAGUGCAGGACCGGAGCCCAUCUGUUGCUUCACGCCCCUGUAACGUCUCUGUUUCCUGGCGCCAUGUCUGGAGGGAAACCUGCACAGACAAGGGCAGACGCCGCCCUUCAGGACCGUCCAAGUCGUAGAACAAACCGACAUGAUCUCUCUGUUCUGCAACAGGAGAACAGGCAGGUGUACAGUCUGCUGUUUGAUAAGAUCACAAUGAGCAAGCUGGAGGAGCGUCUGCAGGCCAGGGAGCAGGAGGUCCUGGAAGCAGACACAAAUCACUGGGAGGCGACUGUAAUGAGCGAGAUGGAAGUUGGCUGUCUUCAGAAGUGUCACUAACUGCAGGAGGUCAAGGAGAUGAAUGAGCAGCUUGACCAAAGCAAAACUGAAAUCCUGCAGCUGAAGGAGAAGAGGGGUCUCACUGAGAAGCUGACUCAGGCUGAAAACCAGCUGAGGAGCAGAGAAGAGCAAAACCUCCUGAUCAAGGAAGCAAGGGGAGGAGUUCAAUGCUCUGGAGGAGAAACUCAGAGCAGAGCUCGCCAAGACAGAAGAGAGCUCAGAGAGAUGAGAACAGAUGGAGGAGGAGAAACAACCCCUGGAGACAAAGACAGACAAGGAGGAGCAGGAGGAGAUUCAAAAGAAACAAAAGCAGGACUAGAAGGAUAUGAAGAAGAAACAGAAGGAGGAGAAAGCAGAACAGAAGAAGAAAAAACAGGAGGAAAUAGAGGCACAGAAAAAGAGAGAAAAAGAGUCUUCCAGCUAACUCUGAUCUUUUACCUCAGUGAGGAUAAAGACACAGAAAGUCCUAAUCCCAAGACCUGAACCGUCACACACAAAUUCAAUACUUUAAAGGGGGCAUAAUCACCCAAUUAGAUUUUAUUGUGAGGCAGCUUAUGACUUUAUCACAAUCUUCGUACUGCAAUAAUGGUAAGAGCAAUAAAAUGCAAAUUAAAUUGUAUAUUUUUGCAAAAUGAAUGUCUGUCAUACUUAAAUACAAUGUCACCAAAUACUCCAGUCACAAUGUUUAUUUUAAUAAAGCACUACAACAUGAAA